AUGUUGCUCCCACAGCCUCUUCCCCGGGUUCCAAGCACGGAAGAGAUUGUUCCAAUGAUGAGUCGCAUAAUCAAUGCACAUGAUGCCAUUCGCGAACUUAUUCUCAAAACCGUGACUCCGAUCACCGCAACGUUCGACAAUGUCAUGCUACCCUUGGCACAAGUCGAGAAUGCUUUCCAAGGCGAGUUGGGUAUGAUUUACAUGCUCCAGUAUGGAUCUCCGUCUCUGGCGACUCAAGCCGCAUUCGACGAGGCCCGGAAGCUGUAUCUGGAAGCCGAAGCAUCGUGGAAAGGUGAUGUAUCCUACUUCAGACUUCUCCAAGCGGCAAGCACAAAGCCCGAUUUCCACAAGUUGGAUAUGGAAUCGCAACAUCUGAUGGAGAAGAAAAUGUUGGAGUAUAAGCAUGCCGGACACGGUAUUCUGGAAGAUUUAGAGUUAGAGGAAUAUCGUAAAUUGGAAAUGGAGAUUGCAGAUCUAGAAAUGCGGUUCCAGCAAAACAUCUCGAGAGAGACUGGAGGAGUGUGGUUUAGCACUCAGGAGCUAGAUGGGGUGCCCGAAGACGAGCUAGCGAGAUGGAAGGACGAUGGUGCAGGGGGAGAGGAGACGAUUAACGGGCAUCAACGAAGCGUUUUGGUGCCUUUCGCAAAUGGGGGAACACUGGCUGUCUUGACGUACGCCCAUUCUUCAGAAACUCGCAAGAAAAUGUUCCUGGCGGAUAAUUCAAAGCUGGAGGAUAAUGAAUCCCUCUUCGAAGAAAUUAUCACGCGCCGUGCCAGAAAGGCAAAGAUGUUGAAACACAAUACACACGCGGAAUUCAGGAUCGAGAGUCGCAUGGUGAAGACCACGGAUUGGGUGAAGAUCUUUCUGGAAGGAUUGCGAGAGACCCUUUGUGGUCAUGGUCGAGAUGAGAUUGAAGCUUUGCAGUGUCGACGACUAGAGGAUCUAGCCGAUCAACAGUAUCCCGACACGAGCGUGGGAUUUCCACCAUGGGACAAGCGGUAUUAUGAGCGUGUUUUGCAGCAAGAGUUUGAGGUUGACCAGGUCAAAAUCUCAGAAUUCUUUCCUUUGGAGAGCACUGCCACUCAGAUGCUAGAAAUUUUUGCAUUUGUGCUUGGCCUUCGAUUUAAACCUAUUCCAGCAGAAUAUUUGACUCGAGAUGUCAUCUGGCACGACACUGUGGAAUGCUUUUCGGUGUGGGAUGGGAAAGACGACGGGUUCAUUGGGUACCUCUAUUUCGACUUAUUGUGGAGGGAGAAGAAGUAUCGAGGUAACCAAAGCGUGAACAUUCAAUGUGGAUAUCUCCGUCCGGAUGGAACUAGACAAUACCCGUCAACAAUUCUGAUGUGUUCAUUUCCGACUGCAACACCGACAAGCUGUGCGCUACUCAAACAUCAUCAGGUCGUCACUCUCUUCCACGAAAUGGGUCAUGGAAUUCAUGAUCUACUAGCCAGGACCAAGUACACCCACUUCCAUGGUUACAGAUUGCCACCUGAUUUUGGUGAGAUGCCAAGCACCAUGCUAGAGAAUUUUUGCUGGAGAGAAGAUGUCCUACAGGGUCUCAGCUGUCACUUUACCACAAUCGAUGAGAAAUAUUUAGCGGAGUGGCAAAAGCAACACCCCGACCAGCCAAAUCCACCGAUAAAAAUACCGGAGGACCUGGUGAAACCACUUAUCAAACAUCGGUAUUCCAACAGAGGACUCUACCAUUUGUAUCAGUUGUCAAUAUCGAUAUUCGAUCUACAAAUACACUCACUAAGUACGGAGAGUGACAUUAACAACCUCAAUAUCCAGAAAAUGUGGUAUGAUCUUCGCGAGGAGAUCGAGGGGAUGGACUUCUCGGAAUGCAGAGAUGGAUUUGCCUUUGGGACAUUCACUCAUCUAACAGCUGGUUAUGAUGUGUGCUACUAUUCUUAUUUGUGCUGCACGGCCAUGGCGCAAGAUGUGUUCCUGUCUGUCUUUUCUGACGACCCAUUCAACACUGAUGUUUGGGACAAGUACCGACGUGGAAUUCUGGAGUGUGGUGGGAGCCCGAAGGAUCUAUUGCGGACGCUGGAGAGCUUCUUAGGUCAUCCGCCAAAUAUGAAUGCUCUGGCAGAAAGUAUGACUCGGGCGAAAGAAGAAAGAUAA